UUUGCCUGUUGCUGGUGAGCCGGGUGGGAGGCGGGCGAGGGCGCGCGGGCCGCCGAGGCCCAGGACAGCUUCGGGGGAGAGGAACCGGGAGCCCCGCGCCCCGCGCCCCGCGCGCCUCAGCCCGGCUCGCAGCCCCGUCAGCGUCCCCCCCGCGCGCGGGCCUCGCUCCGGUACGCUCCCGGGCUUCGCCACAGAUCGCCUUUCCGGCUCGGGGGGCAGCCAGCUGGGGCCAGCAGCCCGGUUGCCCCGGUAACACGGGCGUCUGUCUCGGAUCGCGAGGGGGCCCCGGGCCGGAGCGGCGGGGGCUUAGGAGCCAGCGCGGCUUCGGGCCCCGGCCUUCCAGGGAGCGCGGGGGCGGGGCUGACCACCUGUGCGCGCCGCCCCGGGAGGAGGCGCCGCCCGCCCGCUCGGGUCCCGACUGCGCCCGUCGCGGAGGAAGCCGAUCUGUCCCUUGUCCUUAGCGCGUCCCGCCAUGAAGCCCAACUUCUCCAUGAGACUGAGGGUUUUUAACCUCAACUGCUGGGCCAUCCCCUACCUGAGCAAGCACCGAGCGGACCGCGUGAAGCGCCUGGCGGACUUUCUGAACUUGGAGAGCUUCGACCUGGCUCUGCUGCAGGAGGUGUGGAGUGAGCAGGACUUCCAGUACCUGAGGCAGAAGCUGUUGCCCACCUACCCGUCUGCACACUACUUCAGGAGUGGCAUCAUCGGCAGUGGCCUCUGUGUCUUCUCCAAACACCCAAUCCAGGAAUUCACCCAGCAUGUCUACACUCUCAAUGGCUACCCUUACAUGAUCCAUCAUGGUGACUGGUUCUGCGGGAAGGCUGUGGGGCUGCUGGUGCUCCAUCUAAGUGGACUGGUCCUCAAUGCCUACGUCACCCAUCUCCACGCAGAGUACAAUCGACAGAAGGACAUCUACCUAGCACAUCGUGUGGUCCAAGCUUGGGAACUGGCCCAUUUCAUCCACCAUACAUCCAAGAAGGCUGACGUGGUUCUAUUGUGCGGGGAUCUCAACUUGCACCCAAAGGACCUGGGCUGCCGCCUCCUGAAGGAGUGGACAGGGCUGCGUGAUGCCUACCUUGAGACCCGGGACUUCAAGGGCUCUGAAGAAGGUUGUACCAUGGUACCCGACAACUGCUACGUCAACCAGAAGGAACUGCAGCCAUUUCCCUGUGGCAUCCGCAUCGACUAUGUGCUUUACAAGGCAGUUUCUGGGUUCUACAUCUCCUGUAAGACUCUCAAAACUACCACAGGCCUUGACCCUCACAGUGGCUCCCCACUCUCUGAUCAUGAGGCCCUGAUGGCUACUCUGUGUGUGAGACACAGCCCACCCCAGGAGGACCCAAGCUCUACCCAUGGAGCAGCAGAGAAUUCACCAUUGGUCACUGUGCUAAGGGAGGCUUUGACAGAGCUGGAUCAGGCUGUGGCUCAAGCUCGGCGGUGGGCCACCUGUGCUGGCUACGUGAUUGGUCUGGGGCUGCUUCUCUUGGCAGUGCUGUGUAGCCUGGCAGCUGGAGGUGGGGUCAGGGAAGUUGCCAUACUGCUGUGGACCCCCAGUGUAGGACUGCUGCUGGGGGCAGGUGCAGUCUACACCUUCCACAUGCAGGAGGCCAAGGGCUUAUGUAAGGCCCGGGCUGAGCUCCAGCAUGUGCUGGGAAGGGCAAGGGAGGCCCAGGACCUGGGUCCAGAGUCUCAGCCAGCCUUGUCCCUGGGUCAUCAGGAGGGGAACAGGGCUGAGGACCAAUAAAGCUUGGCACUUGGA